GCUGAAUGGCGGCUCGCUGAGGCGGCAGCGGGGCUGCUCGGGGCGGGGCGGGGCGCGGCGGCCUGAUGCUGCUCAAGCUCCUGCAGAGGCAGACCUACACCUGCCUGUCCCACAGGUAUGGGCUCUACGUCUGCUUCGUGGGCGUCGUUGUCACCAUCGUCUCCGCCUUCCAGUUUGGAGAGGUGGUUCUGGAAUGGAGCCGGGAUCAAUACCAUGUUUUGUUUGAUUCCUACAGAGACAAUAUUGCUGGAAAGUCCUUCCAGAAUCGGCUCUGUCUGCCCAUGCCAAUCGAUGUGGUUUAUACCUGGGUGAAUGGCACAGAUCUUGAACUACUGAAGGAACUACAGCAAGUCAGAGAACAGAUGAAGGAGGAGCAGAAAGCAAUGAGAGAAAUCCUUGGGAAGAACACAACGGAACCAACUAAGAAGAGUGAGAAGCAGUUGGAAUGUUUGCUGACACACUGCAUCAAGGUGCCAAUGCUUGUCCUGGACCCAGCUCUGCCAGCCAACGUCACACUGAAGGACCUGCCCUCUCUUUAUCCGUCUUUUCAUUCUGCCAGUGACAUAUUCAACGUUGCAAAACCAAAAAACCCUUCCACUAAUGUCUCAGUUGUUGUUUUCGACAGUGCUAAGAAUGUUGAAGAUGCCCAGAGUGGAAUGUUGAAAGGAAACAGCAAACAGACAUUUUGGAGGGGCUACUUGACCACAGAUAAAGAAGUUCCUGGGUUAGUGCUGAUGCAGGAUUUGGCUUUCCUAAGUGGAUUUCCACUGUCAUUCAAGGAAACAAAUCAACUAAAAACAAAAUUGCCAGAAAAUCUUUCUUCUAAAAUAAAACUGUUACAGCUGUACUCAGAGGCCAGUGUAGCCCUUCUAAAACUGAAUAACCCCAAAGAGUUCCAAGAACUGAACAAGCAGACUAAGAAGAACAUGACCAUCGAUGGAAAAGAACUGACUCUAAGUCCUGCAUAUUUAUUAUGGGACCUGAGUGCCAUCAGUCAGUCUAAGCAGGACGAAGAUGUUUCUGCCAGCCGCUUUGAAGAUAACGAAGAACUGAGAUAUUCACUGCGAUCCAUCGAGAGGCAUGCUCCCUGGGUUCGGAAUAUUUUCAUUGUCACCAACGGGCAGAUUCCAUCUUGGCUGAACCUUGAUAAUCCCCGCGUGACGAUAGUCACACACCAGGAUGUUUUUCGAAAUUUGAGCCACUUGCCUACCUUUAGUUCACCUGCCAUUGAAAGUCAUAUUCAUCGCAUUGAAGGGCUGUCCCAGAAGUUUAUUUAUCUGAAUGAUGAUGUCAUGUUUGGGAAGGAUGUGUGGCCAGAUGAUUUUUAUAGUCACUCCAAAGGUCAGAAGGUUUAUUUGACAUGGCCUGUGCCAAACUGUGCUGAGGGCUGCCCGGGUUCCUGGGUCAAAGACGGCUAUUGUGACAAGGCUUGUAAUAAUUCCGCCUGUGAUUGGGAUGGCGGAGACUGCUCUGGUAACGGUGGUGGUAAUCGCUAUGCCGCAGGAGGUGGGGGGACCGGCAGCAUUGGAAUUGGACAGCCCUGGCAGUUUGGUGGAGGACUAAAUAGUGUCUCUUACUGUAAUCAAGGAUGCGCAAAUUCCUGGCUUGCGGAUAAAUUCUGUGACCAGGCUUGCAAUGUCUUGUCCUGUGGAUUUGAUGCUGGCGACUGUGGACAAGAUCAUUUUCAUGAAUUGUAUAAAGUAACUCUUCUCCCAAACCAGACUCACUAUGUUAUUCCAAAAGGUGAAUGCCUGCCUUAUUUCAGCUUUGCAGAAAUAGCCAAACGAGGAAUUGAAGGUGCCUACAGUGACAAUCCAAUAAUUCGACAUGCUUCUAUUGCCAAUAAGUGGAAGACCAUCCACCUUAUAAUGCACAGUGGGAUGAAUGCAACCACAAUACAUUUUAAUCUCACGUUUCAAAAUACAAAUGAUGAAGAAUUCAAAAUCCAGAUAACAGUAGAGGUUGACACAAGAGAGGAACCCAAAGUGAAUUCUACAACCCAAAAGUCUUACCAAAAUUUGGUUAGCCCUACAUCACUUCUUCCAGAGGCGGAAAUCCUAUUUGAGGAUGUUCCUGAAGAAAAACGCUUUCCAAAGUUCAAGAGGCAUGAUGUUAACACGACAGGAAGAUUCCAAGUGGAGGUGAAAAUUCCCCUGGUAAAUAUUUCACUCCUUCCCAAAGAGGCCCAGUUGAGUCUUCGUAACUUGGAUUUGCAACUAGAACAUGGAGACAUCACUGUGAAAGGAUACAACCUGUCCAAGUCAGCCUUGCUGAGAUCAUUUCUAAGGACCUCACCAGAUGCUGAAAUAAAAAUAAAUCAACCUAUAAUAAUGGAUGAAAGGAAUGACAGUGUAGAGGCCCCACUAGGAAAACAGGUUCACAAAGACACCUUGCCGAACAGCUUGGAAACAUCUGAAAGAUUACAGAGGUCAACUUUUCCAGCAGUCCCCAUGAAAGUGAACAGCCACUACCAGAGUCGCAAUCUACCCCCAGAGUUAGAAAUCGAAGGAAAAUCUAGAUCUGAAAUUCUGACCCCACAUGUAAGAGCUGGAAGUGUUUCAAAAGAAAAACUGUUGUCUCACAUCGUUCCACCAGAAAGCCAGAUGACAAAGGAGAAGCAAAGCACAGGGAAAGAACAAGAGAAAAACAAAAUGGAGGAGAAUGCAAACAAUUACAUAGAUGUUAAUGAAGUACUACCUGGAAGAAAGCUGCAGCACUACACAGACAGUUACCUGGGCUUUCUGCCGUGGGAGAAAAAGAAGUAUUUCCAAGAUCUUCUUGAUGAGGAAGAGUCACUGAAGACGCAGUUGGCAUACAACACCGAUGGCAAACACACUGGAAGGCAACUGAAAGAUACAUUUGCAGAUUCCCUCCGAUAUGUAAAUAAAAUUCUGAACAGCAAGUUUGGAUUCACAUCUCGGAAAGUCCCUGCACACAUGCCUCACAUGAUUGACCGGAUAGUUAUGCAAGAACUUCAAGAUAUGUUCCCUGAAGAAUUUGACAAGACAUCAUUUCACAAAGUGCGCCAUUCUGAGGAUAUGCAGUUUGCCUUUUCAUAUUUUUAUUAUCUCAUGAGUGCCAUUCAGCCACUGAAUAUAUCUCAAGUUUUUGAUGAAGUGGACACAGACCAAUCUGGUGUCUUAUCUGACAGAGAAAUCCGAACCCUGGCUACCAGAAUUCACGAUCUGCCUUUAAGUUUGCAGGACUUAACAGGUCUGGAACACAUGCUAAUAAAUUGCUCAAAAAUGCUUCCUGCUAAUAUCACUCAGCUAAACAGUGUUCCACCAACUCAGGAAGCAUACUAUGAUCCCAAUCUGCCACCAGUCACUAAGAGUCUAGUGACCAACUGUAAACCAGUAACUGAUAAAAUCCACAAAGCAUAUAAAGACAAAAACAAAUAUAGGUUUGAAAUCAUGGGAGAAGAAGAAAUUGCUUUUAAAAUGAUUCGUACCAAUGUUUCUCAUGUGGUUGGCCAGUUGGAUGAUAUAAGAAAAAACCCCAGGAAGUUUGUUUGCCUGAAUGACAACAUAGACCAUAAUCAUAAAGAUGCCCAGACAGUGAAAGCUGUUCUCAGGGACUUCUAUGAAUCCAUGUUCCCCAUACCAUCCCAGUUUGAACUGCCAAGAGAGUAUCGAAACCGUUUCCUUCACAUGCAUGAGCUGCAGGAGUGGAGAGCAUAUCGAGACAAACUGAAGUUUUGGACUCAUUGUGUACUAGCAACACUGAUUAUGUUUACUAUAUUCUCAUUUUUUGCUGAACAGUUAAUUGCGCUUAAGCGGAAGAUACUUCCUAGAAGGAGGAUACAGAAAGAAGCUAGUCCCGACCGAAUCAGGGUAUAGAUCUUCAUUUGAAAAUCAUCUACCUCGGCAUUCACGGAGCAUUUUAAAACUUGGCAUCAGAGAGAUGUCUUCGUGAUGUGAUGCUUAGCCAGCCUGGCCUGCAGAAGGAAAAGCAUCCAGUACAGUACUUGUUUUGUGGCCUGAAUAUAGCUGACUGGCCAGGAAUUGUUUAACCAAGACAUGGAAAACUUGUAUGUUGAGCAGCUCUGAUCUGAUUUCACUUUUAAAGCAUUUGCUUGUGGACCCAUCAUUCUUUUAAUGAAAAGUCUGACAAGAGAGCUGCCAAGUUCCCCUAAGCAACCAUUGCCAACUAACUUUCACAUGAGAAGCCUAGGCCAGCUUGGGAGCCAUUGCUAAGAGACCCCAGUCUUUGCAUUCCAAAGACUUGUGCUGCAGUUUUACAUUUUUGGUUUUUUGGUUUGGUUGGGUUUGGUUUGGUUUGGUUUGGUUUUUUUCCAGUUCUCACUUUUAAAUAAGUAGCUACUAAGUUAACUAUUUACCCUUACUUCUGAAAAUAAUGACUUGGGAUAUCUAAACAUGUUUUUAUAGAUGUUAUUUAAAUAAUGCAACAAUAUCACCUUCUAUUGGCAAUACCUAAAUUAUGGAUUUUAUUAACAUUUAAGACCAUAAGUGGUCAGCUACUGAUGAGAUCAGUCACUGACAUCUGAUGCAUUUUGUGCUUUACUUCAGCCCCUAAGAAUGUGAUUUCAUGCAGAGGCCUAAUUAAAAGGGCUAGAGUUAAGUAGCAAAGCUACCUUCCAGAUGUAAUUAAUUAUGUUUUGGAAAUGUACAUAUUCAAACAGAAGUGCCUCAUUUUAGAAAUGAGUAGUGCUGAUGAUACUUGUCACAUUACAGUGGUGUCUUUUAUAAUAGUAUAUUCUAGUGGCUAGCUCUUCCAACUGGUUUCAUAUAUUGCAGGGGUCAGCAAACUUCAUGUAAAAAGCCACAUAGCAAAUAUUUGCAGGCCACAUGAAUCUCUGUUGCAUAUUCUUUAUUGUUUACUUUUAGUGGGGUUUUUUUUAACCUUUAAAAAUGUCAAAAGCCAAGUUUAGCUUGUAGCUAUACAAAAACAGGCCACCACCUGGAUCUGGCCCACAGGCCAUUGUUUGCUGACCACUGGGAUAGAGAAUUCAUAUUUCUAUGUAUGAUUAAUCUGUGAUGUUCAACUAUAUUUUAUUUAUAUGAUUAUAUGGUGGAUUUCUGGAGAUUAGAUUCCAUAAGUCCUUUUUGAACUCUAACAGGUGUUUUAGAUCAUGAUCUCAACAGUAUUGUUUCAAAACCUAUUUUGUAAAAAGAACUUGUAAAUACUUUGUGCUAUAAGAGUUAUGUAUUUCAAAAUGUGAUGAAGUCUCAUAAAAACUUACAUUUUAUCUGA